AUGUUUCAAUACUUUCAUGAGUUGUGUCAUAUGGGAAACAGGAGAUUGCUUUUUCUGUUGGCAGCACUUGGUGUUAAUUAUUUACUGUUUCAGUCAAUUUUGGUUCCAUAUGGAAAUGGAAGAGCUCCUUGGUCUUCUGAUUCUUCUGCUUUCAAUUCUAUUGAAGAUGAAGGAAUUCAGAACUAUGCAAAGAGUAGUUUAGUCUUUGAUGGUGUUUCUAAAAUUGGGGUAGAUAGGAAUGAUUUUCACGAUGUUGGUAAAAACAACAGCUUGGAGUUGGAUAAUGUAGGUUCAAUGAAAAGUUUUAUGGAGAUUUUGGCCAAGGAGAGUAAGGUGAAUUUUUCAGUGAAGCGAUUUUCGGAGACAAAAAGGGGGGUUUCUACAUUUUCUCAGUUGGUUAAAAGUACUAAUGUUGAUUCAAGAGAAUAUGAUAGAGUUGGUUUGGAUACCUCGCGGAUUACAACUUCGUCGGCUAAUUUGACUCAUCUUGAAGAUUCUCAGAAAAUUAAAUUGUUUGUCUCAGAUAAAAGUACUGCGGCGAAUGUUACUGUGAGGAAGCCGAAGUGCAAUAUGCCUCCUAAGUCAAGAAUGUUAAUACAGGAGAUGAACCAUUUGCUACAGCGCCGUCGCACUUCAUCUCGUGCAAUGAAACCAAGGUGGUCAUCCAAACUUGAUAUGGAAAUUCUCGCUGCAAGGUCGGAGAUUGAGCAUGCUCCUAUUGUAACACAUGACAAGGAGCUUUAUGCUCCUCUUUUUCGCAAUCAUUCUAUGUUCAAAAGGAGCUAUGAACUGAUGGAACGCACGCUCAAAGUGUAUAUAUAUAAGGAAGGGAAUAAACCUAUCUUUCAUCAACCUAUACUUAAGGGACUAUAUGCGUCGGAGGGUUGGUUUAUGAUGUUGAUGGAGGAAAAUAAGCAAUUUGUUGUGAAGGAUCCUGCAAAGGCUCACCUAUUCUAUAUGCCUUUUAGUUCACGUAUGUUAGAGUUCUCCAUUUAUGUACGUAACUCUCAUAAUCGGACAAAUCUCCGUCGGUAUUUGAAGGAUUAUACAGAUACAAUUUCAGCAAAAUAUCGUUACUUUAACCGAACUGGCGGUGCUGACCAUUUUCUUGUUGCUUGCCAUGAUUGGGCUCCGUACGAAACAAGGCAUCAUAUGGAAUACUGCAUAAAAGCCCUAUGCAAUUCUGAUGUAACUCAAGGCUUUAAAAUAGGAAGAGACGUUUCUCUUCCUGAAACCAUGGUCCGGUCGGUAAGAAAUCCUCAAAGAGAUAUAGGUGGAAAACCUCCUCAACAAAGAUCUAUUCUUGCCUUCUAUGCAGGAAACAUGCAUGGUUAUCUGCGCCCGAUAUUGCUAAAGCACUGGAAGGACAAAGACCCUGAUAUGAAGAUACUCGGCCCAAUGCCGCAUGGUGUUGCACACAAAAUGAGUUACAUCCAACACAUGAAGAGUAGCAAAUACUGCAUAUGCCCCAAGGGAUAUGAAGUCAACAGCCCUCGGGUGGUUGAAGCCAUAUUUUACGAGUGUGUACCUGUGAUCAUAUCUGACAACUUCGUGCCACCGUUUUUCGAGGUUUUAAAUUGGGACGCAUUCUCAUUAAUCCUCGCGGAGAAAGAUAUUCCAAACUUGAAACAGAUACUUCUUUCAGUGCCUGAAGAGAAGUAUCUUAAGUUACAACUUGGUGUUAGGAGAGUUCAGAAACAUUUUCUUUGGCAUACAAAACCUUUGAAGUAUGACCUGUUUCACAUGACACUUCACUCAAUUUGGUAUAAUAGAGUGUUUCAAAUAAAUGUGAGAAAAUAA